GUCACGCUUCUACAUUUCUUUUACAUCUUGGCUUCAACCAAGGCGGUCUGUAUUUUCCAUUUUUAGGAUUGGAAAAAGACCAUUUAUUUAGAAUGGUGAAGAUUAUGAAAAGUGGUAAAGUCGUGCUGGUCCUUAGUGGCCGGUACGCAGGAAGAAAAGCUAUUGUUAUGCGUACCUUCGACGACGGUACCACGGAUAAACAAUACGGUCAUGCUAUGGUUGCUGGUAUCGACAGAUACCCAAGAAAAGUACAUAAACGAAUGGGAAAAGGAAAAUUACAUAAGCGUUCCAAGAUAAAACCUUUCGUUAAAGUUUUAAAUUACAAUCAUUUAAUGCCAACAAGGUAUACGGUACCUGAACUACAAUUAGAAAAAGUAGCUCCAAAAGAUCUUAAAGAUCCUAUGAAACGAAAAAAGGCACGAUUCCAAAUUCGUGUUAAAUUUGAAGAGAGGUACAAGUCCGGUAAAAAUAAGUGGUUCUUCCAAAAAUUAAGAUUCUAAUCUUUUCAAAUAAAUAAUUACACUGAAAACUUA